AUGGCCCCUGCCAACCGUGCAACCGGAGCCAUGCCUUUUGACAGGUCUCUGAUUCGCCCACGUUUGCUUGGGCACUUGCGUGACCUGCUCGCCGAAAAGGAUGAGGCUAUUGCGAUGCUGAGGGGUGGCACUCCAGGGUGCUCAGACGAAGCUGGAUCCCAGGCAGCUGCCCUGCAACUGAGCGAGCGUUUGCAGGAACUGGAAAGCAGGAACGGUUGCCCAAUCAAGCAGGCCUCUGACAUGGUAUCGCUCGAAAAGCGAGUGGCCGCUUUGGAGCAUGCUUGGAAGGAAACAGCAAAUGCGACCAGCACCGAGGCUCAGACAGCUGCGUACACAGCUGUGGAACAAGCAGCCGUGCAGUGGCAAAAGCAGGCGGAGGCUUCCCAAGCACAGGUGGUGCAGCUGAGGGAGCAGCUGCGUCUGUUGGAGAAGGCAUACGAGGAACUGGCGAGUCGCCAAAAUGCCGUCGCAAACACAGUGCCAGAAUCAGCUGCGCUGCGAAUGCGGCUAGCUGAGUCUGAGCAACAGGUCAGUGCCCUGAAGUCUGAGCUGGCAGAGCUGCGGGUUCUGAAUGCAAGCGCAGAUGCCAGACAGCGGCUGUCGUGUUCUUCCUCAAACCGCUCCGACGUUACGGCAAUGUCCUUCUCUCCUCAGGCACGUGGUCUCUUGGAAGCCGCUCCUCAAGGGAUGCAAGGCCAGCAAGGUCAACGGAUGGCAUGCUCUUUGCCACCGGGCGUGAGGCGCAUGGUUUCAGCGCCGUCAGGAGUGGCAACUCCAAUGGUUCCUACUUUUGCUCGCCUCGCAAUGCCAGGUUCUCAUGGCGGUGCACAGAUGCCACAGGCGAUGGCAGCCCCGGCACCCCAAGCUCCCAAGAUGGGGCUACCGCCGCAGCUUCUGCAACCUCCGUUCUUCCAGGGUGCACCGCAGAGGAGAUCCUGA